CCGCAGUUACUGCGCUGGCAACUUGGCAUGCACAGUGCCCUCCCCCCGUCACCUAACUGCUGCUGCUUGCCAUUACCCCCUUCCUUGGAGCUCCACUCCCUCCAAGCCUAUAAAUCCGCGCUCUCCCCGGUGCUCUCCCCAUCGCUCGCCUUUGGAUCAUCGAUCGGAGCAAGCAAGCUCGCUCUCCACUCAUAGCAAUAAAAGCCCGCAAUGGGUCGGGAGGUGCUCGGUGGUGCGCCGACUAAUAGUAAUGCGCAGGCGUUGUGCCGCCGGGUCGUCGGCCACCUCCCGCUCCUCCUCGCCGGCGCGGCGCUCCUCGCCGCGGUCCCGCGGCUGCCGGCCCCGGCGAACAGGCUGCUGGCGAACGGCCUCCUGCGGGAGCUGGCCGCCCUGGGCGUGAGCGCGCCGGCGGUGGCGGUGGCCUGCUGGGCGGCGGCGGUGGCGGCGUGGGCGUACGCCGUGUCGCGCCCCCGGCCCGUGUACCUGGUGGAGCUGUCCGGGUACGUCGCCGGCGAGGCGCACGAGGCGUCCCGCGCCAAGACGGUGGCGCACUUCGGGCGGUGCGGGCGGUUCAGCGCGGAGAGCAUGGCGUUCCAGAAGCGGAUGCUGGAGCGGUCGGGGCUCGGGGAGCGGACCCACUUCCCGGCGUCGCUGAUCCGCGUGCCCGUGGACAUGUGCCUCCGCACGGCGCGGGAGGAGUCGCACGCCGUCAUCUUCGGCGUGGUGGAGGACGUGCUCCGGCGGGCCGGCGUCGCCGCCGCCGACGUCGGCGUGCUCAUCUUCAACUCCAGCCUGCUCAGCACCACGCCGUCCUUCACCUCGCUCAUCGCCAACCGGUACGGCAUGAGGCACGACGUCGUCAGCCACAACCUCAGCGGCAUGGGAUGCAGCGCCGGCAUCAUAGCCAUCGACCUCGCGAAGCGGCUGCUCCAGGUGCACCCGGACACGUACGCGCUGGUGGUGAGCACGGAGAACAUCACCCUGAACGCCUACAUGGGCAACCACCGGCCGAUGCUGGUGACCAACACGCUCUUCCGCGUCGGCGGCGCCGCCAUCCUCCUCUCCAACCGCCGCGGCGACCGCGGCCGGGCCAAGUACCAGCUCAUCCACACCGUCCGCACCCACCGCGGCGCGCACGACCAGAGCUUCACCUGCGUCACGCAGGAGGAGGACGCCGCCGGCUGCGUCGGCGUCUCCCUCUCCAAGGACCUCAUGCUCGUCGCCGGCGAGGCCCUGCGCACCAACAUCACCACGCUGGGGCCCCUCGUCCUCCCCAUGUCCGAGCAGCUCCGCUUCCUCGCCACCGUCGUCCUCACCCGCGUCUUCCGCGCCAACGUCCGCGCCUACCUCCCCGACUUCCGCCUCGCCUUCGACCACUUCUGCAUCCACGCCGGCGGCCGCGGCGUGCUGGACGAGCUCGAGCGCAGCCUCAAGCUCAGCGCCUGGCACAUGGAGCCCUCCAGGAUGACGCUCUGCCGCUUCGGCAACACCUCCAGCAGCUCGCUCUGGUACGAGCUCGCCUACAGCGAGGCCAAGGGCCGCAUCCGGAAGGGCGACCGGGUCUGGCAGAUCGCCUUCGGCUCAGGGUUCAAGUGCAACAGCGCCGUCUGGAAGGCGCUCCGGACGGUCCCCGGCGGCGAGGACGGCAACCCGUGGACGCCGGAGCUCGACGUGCUCCCCAUCCACGUGCCCAAGGUCGCGCCCGUCGACGAGACCACCUACACGUUCCCGGACGGGGUCACCUACAAGGUGGAGGAGGUCCUCAAGGUCAAUUCGUAACAAGCAGAGGUAACUACGUUGAAGAAGCAGGCCAGCAGCUGCCUAGCUAGCUAGCUAGCAGCGCCGUACGUGCGUACGUUAUUUGCCAGGCUUGAUGAUAGAUAAUGGUGCAUGCCGGGCCUUAUUAGCUAGCUAGUAGGGCUUCAUUUGCUUACUAGCUAUUUUCCGUGAUUUGUAAUGUAAAGCUUAUUAACUUGCGAUGAAAUUAAUUCCAAUCCACCUUCUUGUCCUAUGGUUUUCAUUU